AUGGUCCAGGUGCGGGUGAGAGAUGCUUGGAUCCGUGGGUGCUGGGACUGCAGUCGCCAUGGAUCAAUGAUUGAUGAACUCCAGGUUCGAGAACGGCCUUCAAGAGUAGAUAGAUACUGGUAUGGGGCUCUCUCGCACUUCCCCUCCGUGACUGACUGGCUCACUCCUGCCAUCGCAGUUUAUCAUGAGUUCGAACUUAUUCUGCUGGCACUGAGCAGGCGUUCAAUUCGGGUUGUGAUGAGUGCCUUAACGGCGCGCCACGCCUCGCCCACGCCUCGGAGAUCUCAGAGCAAGAUGCGCGCCACGGCUGGCCCUUGUCAACGGAGGUUUUACCUGUCCGGAAGAAGUGGGUGGGAACAGGAACAAGGGAUGUCGUCAGAAGAAUCAUCAUAA